ACUAGAUACCAAAGGAAGUCUAGGUACAUUUUUCCGUCCCAAGAAAAAGAAAAACCUCCUUUACCCACUUUAUCCAUUGUGCUCAUGAACUUCCUUUUUCCUCACACCUAGCGGCAUUAUGUUAUUUGCCUACACGACAUCGAAAAAUGGUGGAAUUCUAUCACACGGAAAUUCCGCCAGAAUUUCGGCAUCAAGGGGUGGGCGAUCUGUUGGUGAAGCAGGGAUUUCAGUGGGCUGAAGAGUCCAAUUUACUGGUCAUUCCUACGUGUACUUUUGUGAAGCGACAUAUAGAAUGGUCCGGUCAACGACGGGCAUGUAUUGUACGUGACGAGGAAGAGGGGACCCUUCGAUUACAAAAUAACCAUUCCAAGAGUGAUCAAAAAUAAAAACCAAGGACAUACCCAUCAUGGACGACUGGAAUCGUCGCCAUUUUCAUCCAUGAGACAUAUCGCUUUGCAC